AUGUCUCCUCCCAAGGAAACACGAGGCAGAGGCGAGCCAUCUCCAGAACAUGAAAACUUUACACCAGGACCACAAGAGCUUGAAAUUCACGACAGAAUCCAUGCUGAUAUUCUUCGUGCUGUGAUCGUGGCUACUGAAGGGGUGAGGUUUCAGUCUGAAACCAGGCCUCGGGAUGCGAAAUGUCUCGUCGAGAACAUCGUGGGGACAACAGAGGAAAUGAAAAACCAGAAAGAUGCGCCUGGGCAAGGCGAACAUACUUGGAUUCUCAGAGCGUACAAUGAGAUAGCCGCCAUAUAUGGUCUACUUGGGAUGACACAACAAGAAAAGGAAACGCCCGAGAAUCUUUUAGUCAAGCUGGAGGAAAGACGAGGACACGAUGACUUGGAGACGAUGUCCAUUAUCCAGGGAGAUGCCCUUUCGAGCCAAUCAAAAUCCUUUGGAGAGGGCAGCAUCCAUGUCAUCAAGAACACUCUGUGUCUUGCCGCCACUGCUAUGGUACUUUCAUUGAAAUAUGGCGAUAAAGCAAGUGGUUAUCUGAGGAUUGAGGAACUUCUGCAGAGCACUAAAGCCUCAGAACGGGUGGAAGCUUGGGACAAAAAGCAGCUAAGUGGUGAUCCUUUUCAAGUGCCAGAUGCCUUCUUUCUGUUUAAAGUCACUCGACAGAUGGUACACGGCAUCUUUCCAAAGAAAUUCGAAAUCGGACUUAUUCAUCGAAGUGUCAUUCUUAAAGAAUUUUAA